AUCCUAGUCGAGUACCAAAAUCUGAACAAGUCAGUCUUCUAAAUUUUGUUGACAUCGACAACGCAUAAUUACAUCCAGUGUCAUCUGACAUCAUCUAAAAACGUGGCGUUGCUUUUACGACUAGGUGCACAGUGGUUGUCCAACAUGAAUAGCCGCAUUUUCUUGGUAACGGGUGCUACAAAUGGCAUUGGACAGCACACUGCCCUGAAACUGGCCAAGACCGGCGCAACGGUUCUUGUUCACGGGAGAGCUCCGGCGAAGGUUGAUGCCACUGUAGCGGACAUCAAGAAGGUUACAGGCAAUGAAAACAUCAAAGGCUACAUUGCUGACCUGGCAUACCUGGCAAAUGUCCGUCGACUCUCAGAUGAGCUUCAUGCUUCUCAUAAACACAUUGAUGUCCUAAUCAACAAUGCUGGUGUCUUUGAAGAUGUCAGGAAGGAAUCAAAUGAUGGAUAUGAAAUGACUUUUGCAGUGAAUGUCUUGGCACCUUUCUUGUUGACAUCUCUCAUUCAGGAUCUGCUGAAGGCGGGUACAAAAAGCAGAAUCAUCAAUGUCAGUUCCAUCUCUCAGGCCACUUUUCUUGACCUUGAUAAUUUCCAAAUUAAAGACAAUUAUGGCGAUGGACACAAGGCAUAUGAACAGUCAAAAAUAUGUGAGAUAAUGUUCACCAUAGACAUGUCUGAACGAUUCCAUAAAGAUGGCAUUACAGUGAACUGUCUCGACCCAGGAACUGUUAAUACCCAAAUGUUGCUGAAAAGCUGGGGCCCAGUAGGGAUUACUGUUGAGGAGGCAGAUAAUGAAUAUCAUCUUUCAACUGAUGCUAAAUAUGAAAAUGUCACCGGAGAGUACUUUGUGGAUAUGAGGAAAACUAGAGCAUCUACAGUUGCUUAUGACAAGAAGCUCAGAGAAAAACUUUGGAAGCAUCUCAUUAACAUAACUGGAGCCCAAUAUGACUAAAAAAUGCUUUGAUAUGAAUUCAUUUUUUUUUUCAUUUUACAGUACAAGUAGUUUAAAUCCAUUCUAAAUUCAGUUUCAUUUCUUUUUUCCAGAUAUGUGAGGUGACAAAAAAUUUAAAUUAUUGAAGUAAGAAAAAUGUAAUUUGCUAUUCAAUCUUUUUUUUUGGUAUAGUUUACACAUGCAAAAUUAUCUUUAUCUAAUUCCAAAUAUGUAUUGCAAAACAAUGCUAUUUGAAAUACUCUGUUCUUUACAUUACUAAAAAUAGUAUAGUAUGUCAAAGAUCAAAAGUCAUUUCACUGAUGGAUUUUGUAUGUAUGAUUGCUGUUUUUAACAGAAUUUUCUUCAGAGCUCCAAAUAUUAGUUUUAUGUGUAUGUUUAUUCAUUUGCACCUAUUUAAGGUUGUUAAAAAAAUUGUUAAGUUACUCCUAGGGAAAAAUAUAUCUCAAUUUGUAUUGUUUGUACUUUGUAGAUAAUAUACAAUGUCAUUGUAUUUCUUUUAUUUGUUGGAAAUGCAAUAAACACAAAUUUGAAAUUGCAUUUGAAUGACAGAGAAAGUGGUAUAGUGCCAUCUAUGGGUUGGGGGGAUACAUGUUGCAUGGGGAGGGGGAUAUUCAUUUGUCAAAUCAUGGUAUUUAUUUAUGAUUUAUUAUUAUAGUUCAAAAAUAUUAAUUUUGUUUUAAAUUAAGAGAAAAUGUAGUAAUAUAAGAUAAAGUUUUAGUUUAAACAAUAAUGAAAUGCUUGACAAGAUAACAUAUGACAUGUAUAUGAGCUGCAUUGGAUGAAAAUAUACUGUAGUAAUAUGAGGGAAGUGGGUGUUUGACAUAUUAUGCAAGGGAAGGUCAAAGCCAGAAUUUUUAAAUAAGUCCAUUUAUGCAACUUCUUGGCAUUUCCGGGGCCAUUUCAAUUUCCUAAUGUUCACCCGUCAAAAUGAUGUACUUGGUAAAUAAAUCAUGGACUUAGUACCAGUUAAAAUAUAUUUUGAAUAAAAUUGAAAAUUACUAUCUGUUUUUAUAAUUGGCAUUUUCUCUUUCUUUCUUUCUCUCUGUCUUUCUUUCUUGUUUCUUUCCUUCCAUCCUUCCUUCCUUUUUCCUAUGUAUUUUCUUCAACAGUUUAAAGUAUUAACAAUAGUUACUGAAUGUUUUAUCAGAAUUUUAACUUGAAUGCACAGAAAAGUAUGCAGCACUGUACAUUCAUUUACAAGGUGUAGAGUUCAUAGUGGGCACGUCGUGGUCUAUAGUGGUUCUGACUUUCGCCUUUCAAACAGAGGGUCGCGGGUACGAAUCCCAGCCAUGGCGUGUUUUCCUUCAGCAAGAAAUUUAUUCACACUGCUGCACCCAAUCCAGGUGAGGUGAAUGGGUACCCAGUAGGAAAAAAUUCCUCGAAUGCUUGAGUACCCGGUCAAGGUUGCCAUGCUAAAGCCGGGGUGAUGAUAACAUUAUAUCAUGUUAAGCAGGGCCUGCUGGUAGAACAGUUUUCGGAACUGAAGUGGCUACCCUUGGUAAAAUUGUGUCAUUAUUAUUAUUGUAGGCCCAGUUCAUGGCAGAAGUUGGAAUGCCCCGUAUCCGCAUUUCUAUUUUCUAGUACACCUGAAGUACCAAUUCUCAUAAAGAAAAGUGUCUUUUCUCUUCUAUGAGAUGCAUAUGUUAUAUUUUAUAAGUUCCUGUUAUCUUGUGCUAUUCGGGUCAAGAGUCAGUUUACCAAAGGAAGUGUCCAAGGUGAUGCCAGGAAAUUUCAAUAGGGGAGGGGCAAAACAAUCUAAAUAUGGCGUCAUAGUUUUCUGAAUUCAAUUAUUAUUUUUAUUCUGAAUUAAACGGUAAAUACAGAUUUA